UCAGUUUCAGUGCGUGAUUGGCGCUCAGACCUGCAACUUGUUGCUCCGGGAAAAAAGUCAGACAGACAGCUCGAUAGUGCUAAAGUCGGGCGAUUAAAAAUCGGUACCAUAGUAAUUCUCAACGAAACAAUAAAUAAUCGGCACGGGCGUGUAGUGAUAAGCAUAAGUUCCACAACCGAUUUACUUGUAUUUGCUCUUAUCACCGACCGAAAGUCGGCCUAUGGGACUGACUAUAUAAACAGAAACUCUCUUAACCAUGCAGCCAGUUCUGGAAGUGAGCAUUUACACGCUGCUGAGGAUGGCGUUUAUUUGGCAGCUGAUCUCCGCAGCCAUCUAUAUAGUGGGAUCGCUCACCAUAGCCGCAUUCCUGUACGACAACCUGAAGUCCUUGAUCAGCAUCAUCAAGGCUGUUCUGGAACCCUUCUUCCAGCCACAAUUGCCAAAGACUUUGGUGGAGAAAUUUGGACAGUGGGCAGUGGUAACUGGUGCCACCGAUGGCAUUGGAAAGGAAUAUGCCAGGGAGCUCGCUCGUCAGGGCCUCAACUUGGUGCUCAUCUCGCGGACUAAGGAGAAGCUGAUUGCCGUCACCAAUGAGAUUGAGAGCCAGUAUAAGGUAAAGACCAAGUGGAUUGCUGUGGAUUUUGCCAAGGGACGCGAGAUAUACGAUCAAAUUGAAAAGGAACUGGCAGGAAUUGAAGUUGGCAUUUUGGUUAAUAAUGUGGGCAUGAUGUACGAGCACCCCGAGACCCUGGACUUGGUGCCGGAGGAUCUGCUGUGGGACCUGCUCACCGUCAACAUGGGAUCGGUUACAAUGCUCACUCGCAAGAUCCUGCCCCAGAUGAUUGGUCGCCGCAAGGGAGCCAUUGUCAACCUGGGAUCCUCCUCGGAACUGCAGCCCCUGCCCAACAUGACCGUCUAUGCGGCCAGCAAGAAGUUCGUCACCUACUUUUCCAAGGGCCUGGAGGCGGAGCUGGCCGAGCACAAUAUCCAUGUGCAGCUGGUGAUGCCCAACUUUGUGGUGACGAAGAUGAAUGCCUACGCCGAUCGGGUGAUGGCGGGAGGUCUGUUCUUCCCCAACGCCUACACAUUUGCCCGCUCCGCCGUCUUUACACUGGGAAAAACGAGCGAGACGAACGGUUUCUGGACUCAUGGCAUUCAGUAUGCCUUCAUGAAGUUGGCUCCCCUGCCGAUACGCACAUUUAUGGGACAUCAGCUCUUCAAGCGCCUGAGAAUCGAGGCCCUCGAGCAAAAGCAAAAGAAACUGAAGCUUUUAUAACUUGUUACGCUAAGUUAGGAGUCAUGUAAAUAUUUGGUUCUUAGUCUUAAAGCUUAAACUUUUAACUAGAAAAACAAAUUUGUAUACAAAGCCAUGAAAAAAUAAAAAUAUAAAACAAAAGAUAAA